AAAAUUUUCUAUGACAGUUGGAAAGAUAUGUGCACAGACCGGAAGGCUGAAAUGGUUUUAAAAGGUUGUGUGUCAUUUGAAAGUCUACUUAUUCUAAAUUUAUUUGCAAACUAUGGAUGUGUUUUUUUAAAAGAUGCAAACUCAACUUUUUCUGAAAACAGUUCAUGUAAUUCAACACAAAAUGGUUCUGAUGACGGCUUUAACGCAGCAGACAGAAUAGGAUUUUUCUUAGCUGGCUUGGGUUGUUUUAUGUUUCUUUACAUCAUGGUUUUGUGCUGUACACGUCGGGAGAGUGAAAUUAACUUUUUGACCAGCCCCUCGGUUUCGAGAAGCGAAAGGAACAGCGUAGUAACUUUACCGCCAUCCUACGAUCAAUUUGCGCCACCGUCUUACGACGUUGUGGUUGACUGGAAGCGUCUCGAUCAGAACGAAAUGCCUGGAAUUCAGGAGCAGAAACGACUGGAGAGAUAUUAAAUUAAAUUCGUAACAGAAAGAUUGAGAACGAAAAGAUGUUCAACUAUCA